ACGACGAACAGUUCUCGUUUGUUUUUGGCAGCUAGCUAGUAAACACAUAUUACUGAGAUUGAAAAACUAAUAAAAAGCAACAUAUUUACCUUCUUUUUUUUUGCCCACCUACUCAAUAACUAUACAUCACCAAUGUUGUCUGUCUAGUGUCUGUCUCACGCUGAUGGUGAAGUCAAGAUGAGUGGCGGUUUGGCUCCCAGUAGAAGCACAGUCUAUGUGUCCAACCUGCCCUUCUCUCUAACCAACAGUGAUCUACACAAGCUUUUCACCAAAUAUGGAAAAGUUGUGAAGGUGACAAUAGUCAAAGAUAAAGAAACACGCAAAAGUAAAGGUGUGGCUUUUGUGCUCUUCCUGGACAAAGAGUCUGCACAGAGCUGCUUUAGAUCGCUCAACAACAAACAGUUGUUUGGCAGAACAGUGAAAGCGAGCAUUGCUAUCGACAACGGGCGAGCGACUGAAUUUAUCAGGAGGCGAAACUACACAGACAAGUCCAAAUGUUAUGAAUGUGGGGAUACAGGGCAUUUAAGCUAUGCAUGCCCCAAAAACUUGCUUGGUGAAAGAGAACCCCCGAAGAAGAAAGAAAAGAAGAAGAAAAAAAAGGUUGAAGAGCCUGAUGAAGUAGAAGAGGAAAGUGAGGAAGAGGGAGAGGACCCAGCUCUUGACAGCUUAAGUCAAGCCAUAGCUUUCCAGCAAGCACGACUUGAGGAGGAGCAGCAUAGGAGACAGCAGACUGCAUUCGUGGCUGAGGAGGCCGGCCAGGCUUCCACAUUAGAUGACUCCAAGAAACCCAGGAUCAAAAAGAGUGCCUACUUCAGUGAUGAGGAAGAACUGAGCGACUGAGGGGAUUUCACAGAUAUAAUUCAGACUCUCGAGUAGCAAAUAUUAGAAAAUGAACGGGGACGUUCUGUUUGUCAAGAUCUGCAAGGGCAUCAUCAACCUGAACAAAGAUGAAACGUGUUUGAUGAAAAGGGUUACAGUGUACCAUUUUAGUUGAAGUCCUUAACUGUUUCUGUAACAGUAUUUGAUUUUUUUUGUACUUUGAUCCUUAGUCCUUAUUAUGAGGUUCUUCUGAGGCAUUGGAACAAUGUGAAUGAAGAUGAACUGACCGGCCUUUUGUGUGUUUCUGCUGUUUUAUUUUGAACAGCUUUGUAAAUAUACCAUAGUUGUUUUAGUCUUUUUUUCACCCUUCCUAUGUAUGUCAAUAUUAGGGAAAUACAACUAUUUUAUUUUUAAAAGCCUACCACAUCCCAAUCUUUAGGUGAAUGCACAAUUUAUUUGAAAACAGUAUUGAAACAUCAGUGAAAGAGUAGAACACCACAGGUAGCAUGUGGUUUUUCACUAUAAUGAACCACACUUUUGCUGAUAAAUAGGAAUAAAUAACAUUCAAGUCAUGAA